AUGUCGGGGGCGGAAGCCAUCGCAGUACUCGGAGUCGUUUCAUCUAUCGUUGCCAUUGUGGAUGCAGCCCAGAAAAUCUACAGCACCGCAAAGGAAUCCCAUGGCCUCCCCGAAGCCUUCCGCGAGGUCGCAAGCCGGCUACCGAUUGUCGAGAACAUUCUGAGCUCAGUGAAAGAGAACAUUGGAAGCGAUGAAGUUGAUGAAGAUUCUUGUCGAGGAGUAAGAGAUGUCGCCAAAGUUUGCGAAGAGAAGGCCGAAAGGCUGAGAAACUUGUUUCAAAAGGCCAUACCCAGGGAAGGGACCCCGGACCUGAAAAGAUAUUACAUGGCAGUCAAAGCGUAUGGAAAAGGCAAUGAGGUGGAGACCUUGAUGAAGGGAAUACUGGAGGAUACACAACUCUUGGUCUGCGAACGAGGUAUACAGACCGCCACGUUAUCCCAACAGAAGGCCAUUGCAGAGGCUAUUCAACAGAUAUCGCCAACUCCUCCUUCCGUCCCAGAUAGUCUCUUUGAAGAGAGGGGUUUUGUGAAUAUAAACCGCCCUAAGGAGGACGUACCUGCCGCUUGUAUGAAUGCCCUUUUCUUGACCGAUCCUCAAUACGAUAGAGACCAGCUUGUCCGAGAGAAGGGUAAACGAGUAAAAGGAACGUGUGAAUGGAUCAAGUCUCAUAACUUAUAUGCGUCCUGGCUCCGUACCUCUUCUCAGCUGCUGUGGCUCUCUGGUGGCCCCGGGAAAGGCAAAACAAUGCUAUCGAUUUACCUCGCGGAAGAGCUCGAACGAAAGGCCGAAUCUCUCGACAACAGUAUGUUUCUUCAGUAUUUCUGCGAUAACAAGGACGAAAAGCGUAGAACGGCCGUUACCGUACUUCGAGGCCUAAUAUUCCAGUUGUUGAAGUCCAACUCUAAACUCUUUAAGUAUAUCCUACCGAGCUACGAAACACAGAGAGAGUCCUUAUUUGCAAACCCAGCAUUUGAUUCACUUUGGAGAAUUUUCAAAAACAUGAUCUCUGACCCUGUUAUUGGAUCGACAUAUUGUAUUUUAGACGGUCUCGAUGAAUGCGAUGUAACCUCCGUAGAAGCUCUUCUCCGAAGCUUUGUGACAUUGUGCUCUGAAAUGAUUGAUGAUCAACCUAUCUUCAACUUCAAGUUCUUCCUCGUUAGUCGAGAUCUACCAGGAAUCAUACCCGAGAUACUGUCAGAACGUCCUCGUAUAAGCUUAGAUCCCGACGCUGAAAAGGAAGUUGCUGGAGAUAUUGAACAAUUCAUCGAGGCGAAAAUAAACGAGCUCGCUAGACUUAAGCGGUACUCGGAGACCCUGACUACCUAUGUGAAGAAAGUCUUUCGAAAUCGCGCACAAGGAACAUUCUUAUGGGUAGGUAUUGUCGCACGAGAAUUGAUGAGAUACAGAGCGAGCGAAGUCGAGGCUGCUCUAAACCAAAUACCAUCAAAACUUGAUGAACUAUACGCCCGGAUCCUCCUUCAGACCGAAAACAGCAGAAGAGAUAUGGUUGCUGAAAUGUUACGUUGGGUUGUUAUGGCUGUACGUCCGCUGACUAUGUACGAGCUAAUGGCUGCAAUCGACUAUCCGACCAAGCCUUCAGCCUACGUCGAUCGUGACGACUUCAUAAAGGACCAGAUAUCAUACUGCGGAUAUUUCUUGACGAUUGAGGGAGAGAAAGUUGGUCUCAUUCACCAGUCUGCCAAAGACUACCUGUUACGCGAAGCUUGCGAUGCAAAUCCCGAAUUAGAAUUUUUCCGGGUGAAGAAAGAGGCCGCGAACGUUGAGGUUGCGAGAAGAUAUUUUCACUACCCGCAAGAAGGUGCUCUUGCAGAAGGUCCUAUUUCCCUCUACAACGACAUGGACAAGGAUCGACGAAAGGAGUUCCCAUUCCUUUCAUAUGCUGUUUGCCACUAUCCCGAUCACGCGAGGUUUUUAUCCAGCUCGGAGAGCAUUUUUGACAUGUCACUCCCCUUUUAUCAAAAGAGAUCUCCAAUGCGAGAGGCAUGGGCUCGGACUUACGACCCACCUGCUUUUUCCUUUUUCGACAUGCCCCUAGAAUCAUGCACAGUACUUCAUUUUGCGUCUUGGUGCGGUAUUACACCAUUAGUACAGAGGUUACUUUAUCCAAAAAGUCUCGCCGAAAAGCUGAAACGACUGUACCUCGACAAAAAAGAUGGACAGGGCCGAACAGCUCUAGGAUUAGCGAUAAGAGGAGGACAUCAAGACAUCAUUCGAUUGCUACUUGAAAAGGGGGCAGACAUUAAUAUCAUAAAUAAUGAUGGAGGAGUAGAGUCGACAGCGUUAGAGAUGUCGGCUUGGACGGGCAAUAAAGAAAGUAUGCAAUGCAUACUAGAAAAAGCUCGUUACUUUAAGAAAGAUACCAAAAACGAGGCGCUCCUUCUGGCUGCGUCAUGGGUGGGAAGUGAAGCAAUGGUACUGCUUCUUUUAAAACAUGGAGCAAACAUUGAUUUUAAAGAUUACAUCGGAGAGACAGCAUUAUACCGUGCAGCUCUGUCAGGGUCGAAUAGUGUCGUCAGAGUCCUAAUACAAAACGGAGCUGAUGUGAACGCAAAGAACAAGUGGGGCGAAACUGCCUUGCACAAAGCAGCAGCCAAAGGAUAUACGAAUAUGAUCUCGGCGCUGCUAGAGGGUGGAUGCGAUAUAAAUGCAAAGGACAAAUGGGGCCAGACAGCCUUACACGAAGCAGCUUGUGGGGGUACAGAUGAGACCAGAAUCCGCUUGCUGCUGGAGGGUGGAUGUGAUAUAAAUGCAAAGGACAAGAAGGGCAAAACAGCCUUACAUAUAGCAGCUUUGGGGGUUAAUGGAUAUCUUGACAUUGAAGUAGAGGACAGCUCCCCUAGAAUAUUCAUUGGCUUCCUGCCACUCUCAGAGUAUAUCAAGUAG